CGUAAUUGAAAUAUUGAAGGAAGAUGAAGAUUUUAUUUGUGCUCUUAAUUUUUGCAUUAGCAAGUUCUGGCGCUGAAAUAAAGUCAUAUCGGAUUAUGAGUGAACGUGCAACUUGGAUUGAAAGUGUUCACUAUUGCCGAAGAAUGGGCGGAGAAUUGGUCGUCAUUGAAUCCCAAGAUGAAUUAAAUAGGCUUUCCAAUUACCUACAAAACCAAGGCUAUGGUGAAAGCGAUCUGUUCUGGACAUCGGGCAAUGAUUAUAUUUCACGUGGUAAAUUUUAUUCUAUAACUACGGGAAAUCUCUUGCCGUUUACGGAAUGGUGUCGUGGCCAACCUGAUAAUUACGGUGGUAAUGAGCGUUGUGUGCACUUAUAUUUUCAAGAUGGAUCGUAUAAAAUGAACGAUUUGGUUUGUGAGGACAAAGCUAAAGCCAUAUGCGAACGCUAUGUUAAAACUUAUAUCUAGAUUCAAAGUGCAGAUGCGUAACAAAUUUUUGUGUAAUCUGGUUAAUAAAGAUCUUUGGCCGCAACGCAUAUUAAUC